AUGGAUCCAGCCCAGCGUCAAGCAGAAAUUGGUGUACAAUGCCAGGUAUAUCAACCUCUGAUCCAUCAGCAGACAAGAGCUCUUCGAGUUCAUCCAUCGGCUGACUCCGAUGUCGAGAUUGAAUGCGACCUAUUCACGAUUGACCUCAAAAAGAAAUCAGGCGCAACAGUCGCAGGAAACUCUAAGAAGGCCGGGUACGAGGCAUUGUCGUACACUUGGGGGGAUCCCGAGCCAACCAAGAGAAUCUUGGUAAAUGGGCUACCGUUCUGGAUCUCUGCGAAUCUCUUCGCGGCGCUGAGACAACUUCGGCUCCCGGAACGACCCCGACUGUUGUGGAUAGAUGCUAUCUGCAUCAAUCAAAACGACCUAAUUGAGAAAGCAGGCCAGGUGGGGAUGAUGUUCAGCAUCUAUCUCAAGGCGUACAGGGUCGUUGUCUGGCUGGGUCAAGCGACUGAUGAUGACGAAUAUCUCUUUAACCUGCUCGAGACCUACGGCAGGGAGGGUAUGGGUGGCAUUCGUGGAGCGGUGGAGGACUCAAGAGCACGGAGAGCAGCUACCGAGCUCAUCGAGACCAAGCCAUGGUUCCAGCGGACUUGGACCCGACAAGAGGUACAUGCGGCUUAUAAAGUCCACGUGGCCUGUGGAAGCCGGGAAUGUUCUUUCGAAGACUUUCAGUUCGUUAUGGGUCGCCUCCUCCCAGACAUGGAUGAGAUUCGGGAUACGUUCAGACCCCAUCGUGAUCCUCGGGAACGAGCCUUGAGCGCUAGGAGAGCAUACGUCUUCUUCAAACAUCAUUGCGAGAGCGACAUGUACACUGAGGGAGGCGGAUUCCAUCAAGCCUGGUUCAGGAUGAUUAUGCGAAGCAGUCUAUAUGAAGCGACUUUGCCACAGGACAAGGUCUUUGCUGUCCUGGGAAUCAUUAGAGAGAUUACCAAGGAGGCCUAUGACGUUACGGAAGGGUUCCCGGAGAUUGAUUACUCAAAAUCAGUUUCGACAGUGUUCGAAAGCUUCCAGAAGCACACAAUCAACAUCAGCCAAACUCUUGCCAGUCUCCAGAUCUUUUACGACAGAGACGCCAUCGGACAGGACUUGCCAUCCUGGGCUAUCGAUCUGCGCCAAAACGUUACCCGCUUGAUGCUUCGAUUCGGCGUAUUCCACUUUGACAUGCCCUAUACGGCGCCUCCAGUGCAGGCAUAUGAUGACUAUGGGCUUUUGCGUCUCGAGGGAGCCCGAAUUGGAGUUAUCGCCUCGACAGAGAGUCCUUGGCAAGGUGGAAUGCACCGGGAGUUCAACUCUGAGAUUUUGGGAUCUUACUCUUCAGGGGUAGGACUGGAAAGCUGUUAUUCGAGCCAUGACUGGUGGAUGCCCGAUAAUCAGGGCAACAAAGGCAUCGAAGAGAUAUACAAAAUUCUUGAGAAGCGCUGCUCCUACAAUUGGGCAACCUUGGAACCUAGGACCAACGAUGUCAUCGAAGAGUACAAUCUAACUCGACAUCGCUGCCUAGUAUUUGUGUCGCAUCUGGUGCGAGAGGGAGAUAUCAUGGUUCAUCUGUCAGGUGCCGAGAUGCUUUUCGUCUUGCGGCCAGGUACAGAAGCAGGACGCUUUAGCUUUCUAGGUCCAGCUAUUAUCGCGAUGGGAGUGGUGAGGAAACUAAAGGACAGGGAUAUGUUCACAUAUGCCUUUCCUCGCCGCGGAAGUGGUUGCGAUGUUGACUCGCCCGAGAGCUUUGUGCUCAUCUAA